UGGGCUUUCAUCCUGUAGGUCAUAUGGCAAAACCGUACGAGUUCAACUGGCUGAGGCCUGUUCCACUCUUCAUGCAGGACGGGGCAUAUUUUGACAGGUUUGAUGAGGAUCCAUUUGUGUUCGAACCAAACUGUUUUAUCAAAGUGGAUGCUUUCGGAUUCUUUCUCAGCUGGAAAAGUGAAGGAAAGGAGGGUCAAGUUUUGGAGUGUUCCCUAAUCAACAGCAUACGUGAGACAAGUAUACCGAAGGACCCAAAGAUUAUUUCUGCAUUGGACGCCACAGAUAAAUGUGAAAGUAACCUGGAGAGUCGGAUCAUCUGCAUAUGCAGCGGCACAGAUCUGGUCAACCUAAGCUUCAUGUACAUAGUCGCGCAAAACAUUAGCACUGCCAAGCUUUGGGCGGAUGGUUUACGGUCAUUGAUUCAUAACUCUCGAGCAAAUAACCUGUGCCCGACGACCUGCCUGACAAAACAUUGGUUGCGGUUGUCAUUUUUGACCAAUGUGAAUGGAAAGAUACCUGUGAGGAGUAUCACAAGAACUUUUGCUUCAGGUAAAACUGAGAAGGGGAUUUUCCAUGCUCUAAAAGAUCUUGGAUUACCCAGUGGAAAGAACGAUGAUAUUGAACAUGACAUUUUUACCUUUGAUAAGUUCUACAGUCUUACGCAGAAGAUUUGUCCCAGAACCGAUAUUGAAGUUCUGUUUAAGAAACACAGGGGAGACAAAAGCGAUUAUUUAAGCGUAGAGCAGUUAGUCCACUUUCUGAAUGAAAAUCAGCGUGAUCCUCGCCUGAAUGAGAUUUUAUUCCCGUUCUAUGACUCUAAACGUGCUCUUCAAAUCAUUGAGCGAUUCGAACCUGAUGAGAAACUCAAGAGAAAAGGUGUGAUGUCAUGUGACGGGUUCUGUCGGUUUCUGAUGUCUGAUGAGAAUGCUCCAGUGUUUCUGGAUCGGUUGGAGGUUUAUCAGGAGAUGGAUCAGCCGCUGUCUCACUACUUCAUCAACUCGUCUCACAACACAUACCUGACCGGCAGACAGUUUGGAGGGAAGUCAUCGGUAGAGAUGUACAGACAGGUGCUGCUGUCUGGCUGCCGGUGUGUGGAGUUGGACUGCUGGGAUGGAAAAGGUGAAGAUCAGGAGCCCAUUGUCACUCACGGAAAAGCCAUGUGCACCGAUGUGCUCUUCAAGGAUGUCAUCCAGGGAAUUAAAGAAACCGCAUUCGUGACAUCAGAGUAUCCUGUGAUUUUGUCCUUCGAGAACCACUGCACGAAAAAUCAGCAGUAUAAACUAGCGCGCUACUGUGAGGACAUUUUUGGAGAUUUGCUCCUCAAACAGCCGUUAGAUGAUUUCCCGAUGGAGGCUGGCAGUCCGCUACCGUCUCCAAACGACCUCAGAGGAAAAAUCCUCAUCAAGAACAGAAGAUUAAAACCUGAAGUGGAAAAAAAGCAGCUGGAACAUUUCCGUAAACACAUGGAAGCCGGAGAGCCGAGUAUCUCCACAAACAUGUCAGAAGAUGAGAAUGAAGAGGAGGCGUCUACCGCGGAGCUGUUAAAUGAGGCUCAUCCGGAACGUAUUCAUCCAUGUCUUAUGGGCGACGAAGAGAUUCGUGAGGAAGAGUCGCUCAGACCCAGAAAGGCCAGCGAGACAAACGUCGCUGAUGAGCUAGCGUUGAUUCAAUCGUACACAUACGUGGCGGCCACCACCAAUAUCCACCCGUAUCUGUCCAAUAUCGUCAACUACGCCCAGGCGGUGAAGUUCCUUGGAUUUGAUGAAGCCGAAGAGAAACGUAUCCAUCACAACAUGUCUUCCUUCAAUGAAUCGGUUGGUUUGGGAUAUUUAAGGACAAACGCAAUUGAAUUUGUGAACUACAACAAACGACAGAUGAGUCGCAUCUACCCCAAAGGAGGUCGAGUGGACUCCAGUAAUUAUAUGCCACAGAUUUUCUGGAACGCCGGCUGCCAGAUGGUAUCUCUGAACUUCCAGACCCCAGAUUUGGCGAUGCAACUUAACCAGGGAAAGUUUGAAUACAACGGAUCAUGUGGGUAUCUACUGAAGCCAGAUUUUAUGCGACGACCGGAUCGGAUGUUCGAUCCGUUCUCGGAGACACCAGUGGAUGGAGUGAUAGCUGCCACCUGCAGUGUUCAGGUGAUGUCAGGUCAGUUUUUGUCUGAUAAAAAGAUCGGUACAUAUGUCGAAGUGGACAUGUACGGCCUGCCCACGGACACGAUUCGUAAAGAGUUUCGCACGAGAAUGGUGAUGAACAAUGGACUGAAUCCGGUGUACAAUGGAGAACCAUUUGUCUUCAGAAAGGUAAUUCUUCCAGACCUCGGCGUGCUGCGAGUGGCGGUGUACGAUGACAGCAGUAAGCUGAUUGGACAGAGAAUUCUCCCUCUGGACGGACUGCAGUCGGGUUACAGACACAUUUCCCUCCGAAAUGAGUACAACAAACCUCUGUCUCUCGGCACUAUCUUCUGCAAUAUCAUCCUCAAAACAUACGUGCCCGACGGCUUCGGAGCCAUUGUAGAUGCUCUGUCUGAUCCCAGAAAGUUUGUAUCCAUCUGUGAGAAGAGAACAGACCAGAUGAGGGCCAUGGGAAUAGAGACGUCAGAUAUUGCUGAUGUUUUGAGUGACCGUGAGAGGGACAGUAAGAAACGGAAGCCGAAUCAGUGUCUGAUGUCGCUGCAGAAGAAUACAGACACACCGAAAUCAACACUGAGAAAAGAUACUGUCAUCUAUUCCAAAGAGGAUACAUCAGUCCUCUCACCUCAAGUGACUAUUGAUGACCUAAAACAGACAAAGAGCUACGUAAAACUAGUCAAGAGGCAACAGAAGGAUGUUAGUGCUUUGAAGAGAAAGCACUCAAAGGCACACGCCGCACUGCAGCGCUCCCACUGCGCUCAGGUGGACAGAAUUGCUGCUCAACAUGAUAAAGAGAAAAGAGUUCUGGAGAAGCAACUCGAGAAAAGCAUCAAGAAAGUCAGCCAUGAAAUGAAGAGAGACAUCGAAAUGCAAAUUAAGGCUGUAACCACAAAUCACAAAACAAAGGUGAAGGAUGUGGUUGCCGCUCACGUGUCGGAGUGGCCCGAGAUGAUCAAAUGCCACACGACAGAAGAACAGAAUCUGAGAGAGCAGCACGUGACUCAACAGUGUGAAGAACUCAGAAAGCUCAUGCUAAUGGCACAAGAGCAGCAAACACAUCAACUGUCUGCCGUCCAUGAAAGACAGAGCAAAGAGAUGCGAGCCAACCAGGCGAAGACUUCGAUGGAGAACAGCAAAGCGAUCAGUCAAGACAAAAGUAUAAAGAAUAAAGCUGAGAGAGAACGGAGAGUUCGAGAACUCAACAGCACAAACACACGGAAAUUUCUAACAGAGAGAAAGAGGCUUGCAAUGAGACAGACCAAGGAGACGGCGCAACUCCAGACGGCUCAGCUUGAACAACUCGAGAGACUCGACAAACACAAUCAGGAGCUCUUGAGUUCGUGCCAUGCACAAUCACAAUGCCGAGUACAAAGAGACAGAGGACAUGAUGACAUCAGAGGAGAGGACAGACUGCUGACCCAUCAAACGUACAGUUCACAUGAGGUCACUCAGUGAGAAUCCACACACACAAACACGUGCACACACACACAUGCACACACUCACACACACAUGCACACACACACAUACACACACACACAUACACACAUGUUGUGUUUCCAUGUUUUAUGGGGACUUUCCAUAGACAUAAUGGUUUUUAUACUGUACAAACUUUAUAUUCUAUCCCCUAAACCUAACCCUACCCCUAAACCUAACCCUCACAGAAAACUUUCUGCAUUUUUACAUUUUCAAAAAACAUAAGUUAGUAUGAUUUAUAAGCUGUUUUCCUCAUGGGGACCGACAAAAUGUCCCCACAAGGUCAAACAUUUCGGGUUUUACUAUCCUUAUGGGGACAUUUGGUCCCCACAAAGUGAUAAAUACACGCUCACAAAUGCACGCGCACACACACAUACACACGCGCGAACACACACACACACACACACAUACACACACACUCACACACACAUGCACACACACAUGCACACACUAACACACAUACACACACACGCGCCCAGUCACACACACACACACACACACACACGCGCGCGCCCAGUCACACACACACGCAGUCUCACACACACAUACACACUCACAUGCACAUUCACACACACACAUACACACACAUACGCACACAUGCACACACUAACACACACACACGGACAGUCACACACACACACAUACACACACGCACACACUCACACAAACAUGCACACACAUGCACACACAUACGCACACACGCACACACAUAUGCACACACAUACACACACAUGCACACACACACAUGCACACACUCACAGACACGCGCACAGUCACAUGCACACACUCACACACACAUGUACACACACAUAUGCACACACUAACAUACAUGCGCACAGUCACAUACACUCACACACACAUGCACACACAUGCACACACACAUGCACACACUCACACACUCAUACACACACACGCGCACAGUCACACACACACACAUACACAAAUGCACACACAUACACACAUACAAAUGCACACACAUAUACACACACAGACACACACAAAGUCACACACGCACACACACACACACACACACACACACACACACACACACACUGCAGCAAGUCAAUACCAUAAACAGGCCUUAAUAGUAACACUAUAUACAGUAGACUGAACUUUAACUGUUUUUAUAGUGAUGCCCUGCAGCAUAUCUGUAAUUAACUUGAUAUGUAUUUACUUUAUAUGAAUGUUGCUAGAUUUAUGAGUAAUGUAUAUAACAUUAAGGCCCACUAUGUUGAUGAAAAUGAGUCUUAUGUAAUCAAUAUUGUUUUUGAAACUGAAGUUUUUAAUCAAAAUUUGCCACAGUUGUAAUUGGUAUUUUAUUUAAUUGGUUUAUUGGUUUAAUUUGAAGAUAUAUUGUGCAAUGUACACAUAUUCAGUACAAGUUAAGCUAAAGUUAAUGUACAAACAAAAAACGACUGAGUGGAAGUCAGGUUUAACAGUUUAACAGCUGAAAUAUAUCAUUUUGUUAAGUGUUAAAAUGUGUUAUUUCAACUGUGAAACAGUGUGUUGCCUUUCCCCACAUACUUCCAUUGUAUGUAUACUACUGUACAUUUGAUUCAGCCUAUUUUAAACAACUGUGGGACAUUAUUGUGUGCAAUACUUUUUUAAUUGAUCUAUUUCACUCUGAUAAUAUUGAUUAAACAACCUGAUAUUGAUAAUAAACAUGACAUUU